AUGCCAACGUCUGUUCAAGUCGGGGCUCUCGCCUUCAUCGGACCGGCCCACGCGAGUCACCUAACCGAUUUUCAGUACGUCGAAGUCGUCAGCCUCAACGACACCACGGCUGAAGUGAAGAUCACUGGUCCCGACUCGAACAACGAGGCUCAGACAUUUGACGUCGCCACGGAGAUCAUCGGUUUUCGAUUGGUACCGGAACCAGAGCGUAAGCUUUGGCCCGGUUCCGAUAUCGCCCACCCGGUAGCUUUCAUUCUCACGACUGCCGCAGGGGUAGACGAGUGGGCUUACGGUGUGGUCUCAGGCUACACAGUGUCCGACACGAACGCCAUCUUACACAUCGUGAGUCCCGGCGGACCCACACGCCUCCUUCUGACAGACGAGUAG